AUGGCCAAUGCAGUGAAAGGGUCUUGUGACCCCGCAUUCAAUCGCGUGCGCGAUCUUCUCCAAGAAAGACUUACCUCGGAAGAGGAACUCGGCGCCUCGCUCUGCGUGAACAUAGAUGGAAAGAACGUCCUCGACCUCUGGGGCGGUUACGCCGACGCCGAGAAGACCCGCCCGUGGGAAGAGAACACCCUCACCGUCGUUUGGUCCUGCAGCAAAAUUGUCACUGCCCUGGCUGCUCUCACUCUCGUUGACCGCGGCUUACUGGACCCAGAGGAGCGAGUCUCUAAAUACUGGCCUGAAUUCGGCGUCAAUGGAAAGGAAGAUGUGAAAGUAUGGCAUAUUCUCAGCCACUCUUCUGGCCUUUCAGGGUGGGAGAAGCCCGUGACAAUCGAUAAUGUAUAUGACACUCAGUUUUCGACUGAUGAGCUAGCCCGGCAAGCGCCAUUUUUCCCGCCUGGUUCUGCCCCUGGAUACCAAAUGCUUAAUCAUGGACAUCUGAUAGGUGAGCUAGUCCGGCGGAUCAGCGGUAAAUCCUUGAAGCAGUUCAUCGCAGAGGAGAUCGCUGGUCCGUUGGGUGCAGAUUUCCGUUUGGGCGUUCCUGAGGAGGACUGGCCGCGCACUGCGGAUGUUGUGCCCCCUCCACCUGUGGCCCUCCCCGAAGGCAUUAAUAUGGAAAGCAUGAUGGUUAAAGUGUUUACCAAUCCCAUCGCAAACGCUAAGUACUCCGAGACUCCUGCAUUCAGGCAAGCAGAAAUUGGUGCUGCGAACGGGUUUUCUAAUGCACGAUCUCUGGCUCUUAUUGGUUCUAUGGUGUCUUUGAAGGGAACUGUGGAUGGCAAACAAUAUCUUUCGCCCAAGACUGUUGAUCAGAUGAUCCAGGAAAGGAUUCGUGGCGUCGAUCUGGUGUUGGGAUUGAACCUGAGAUAUGGUCUCGGUGUUGGCUUGCCUGUUCCGGAGACUACCCCCUUCCUUCCCGACAGCAAUCUUUGCUUUUGGGGAGGUUGGGGAGGAUCCGUGGUGGCUAUGGACUUGGAUCAUCGGAUGACUGUCACCUAUGCAAUGAAUAGGAUGACAAAUGGAAUGUUGGGUAACGCAAAUUCUGAGGCUUACAUCAAGGCGAUCUAUGAGAUAGUGGCAGCAAGUGAGCGGGCAUCUUCUCUGUGA